AUGUCGUCCACACGGAAGCAGACACCCCCCACUGUACCAGCCAAGAAGCCGGGUCUAAGGGCGGCAGUUUCUAUUAAUAAGGUGGUGCCAAUUGAGUCUUUGAGGGAGAAGUUAGUGCAUGUGAGAAUAGAGUCAAAUGCUCACCCAAAGGCAGAGACCGAGACUGAGCUUAAAACUGAAAUAAAGGCCAAGCCGCGGCUUCCUGUUAAGGAGAAUUCGACAGUGGAAUCUUCGGUAGACACAGCUUUGGCUGUGGCCCCUUCUAUCAAGAAGAAGCCAAGAUCUUUGGCUUCAAAACCGCCAAUCAAGCCGAAGCCUCAAUAUCUUUCGAAAUUAAAUGCUCCGGUGGAAUUUGAAGAUGCACCUAUAAAGGUAAAAGCACCUUCAGUAUCUUCGAUCUUUUUGAAGGGAAUGAGCACUCCUCCAAUUACUCCUACAUCCCGUAAGCUUGCCAGUCCAAAAAUUGGGGUACCUGAAGUUCCAUCACUCCCUAGAAGACACCAGCAAAGACCUCAAGUGACACUACAAGAAGAUGAAGAACAGGAAAUUACUCCUCCAUUACCUACUCGUCCAGCUGACAGGGUCAAAGGUUUGGGAACAUUAACUUCUCCAGCAAGUUCUUCAGCUUCUCUAACAUCUCGUUCCAGAUCAUCUAGUACUAUAUCUACACCUCCUCUUCCACCCCCUCCUAGAUCACGUAUCAGAACCACUGUCUCUACCCCUCCUCCUCUUCCGCCACUGCAUCAUCACUCUCGUGAGUCUAACCAUUGGAAGGAGCCAGAUUUGGACCUUGAGAUACCCACUUGUUGGUUUGCACUCAACGAUUCCUCCAAGUUACCCAAAUGUUUUCAAGGGUGUAACUGGGUGGCAUCUCAUGGUACUCUGGGAAAAAUUCAAUAUUCUAUAUAUGCCUUCCGAUUAUCUGAUUUGGCCACUGUAAGGCUGAAGUUUAGCUGGGAUGGCUCAUAUCUCUCACCUUUAGAUACUUUGAAGCAAGAGGUCUCCUUCCUUCCUCCACCAACGGCAUCUAAGCAGCAGCUUCUUGAUGGUAGUAAAAUAUUUGGAGAACAUAUUGCUAAUUGGUGUGAAGUUAGAGAAGGUGAAAAGGUAGGUAACGGUGAAUGUUGGACAUUGGCUCGUGAUGCACUUCAAAAGGCUUGCGGAAAUCAUGCCUUUGUUAGUAGUGGUUUGAAUCAUGGUGCCCUAUUAGUCACCUAUAAAAUGAGUCCGACCACUGGAAAGUUAGUAGUGAUUCAAGAGCCCAUUACAGAUGAUAUCAAGCGUGGAGAUAUUCUUCAAUUUAAGUCCUCAUUCUUCAAAUGUCCUGAUAAAUCAAUAACUUUCGGAGCUCCUGAUCAUACUGCUCUGGUAUUGAAUGUUGGUGGAAGUAAAUUACAGAUUAUCCAGCAGAAUAACAACGGAAAGAAGGUUGUUGCAGAAGAUCAGAUAAACUUGGACAACAUGGCUGGUGGUGAGUUGAAGGUAUUUAGACCUGUGUCUGCAAACUGGAUUGUAGAUUUAUCUGAUGCAGCCAUGAAGUAG